UUCUGCGUAUAGUGCUGAAAAUUUGCGAUUUUUGUGUCCACUGUUGAAAACUGGUGUUAUAUUACGGUCAUUGAACAAAAUUUGUGUUCUUUUGCGUUCAGUGAUAGAAAUUGGAGUUGUAUUUUAUCUAAAAAUAAUUGUGUUAAUUUUAUGCUGAAAAUUACUAUAUUCUGUGGUGAAAAUUUCCGUAGUCUUUCAGUGAAAAUGACUGUAAUAAUAUCGUGAAAAUUUAUGUAAUCAUAUGGUGAACAUUUCUGCAAUAUAAUCAAUUAUUGCAGGGAACUGAGAUAAUCAGCUAAGUGAAACCCGUUUGUUGAGUAAGUGAGGUGGUCAAGUGGUGUGUACCUCCUUGAGACUGACCACAUUCCACAGAUCGUAAGAGAAAGAACUUUUGUUGUCAACCUGUGAUGGAAAAUAACCUUGUGAUGGUCUACUCCUCCUGGUAAUCAGUUAGAUGAAGUGCCUCUAAUUGCCAGCCUGAGAGUGAUCACAUUAGUGUCGACGAGGCAGAGUGAUCAAGUGAGCAAUAUGAUAAGUUGUGUGGGUGUUGGGGAAGGAGGUGGUGGUGGCAGAAGCCAGCUACAGAAUGGUGGCAGUAGCCAGCUACAGAAUGGUAGCAGUAGCCAGCUACUGAAUGGUAGCAGUAGCCAGCUACUGAAUGGUGGCAGUAGCCAGCUACAGAAUGGUAGCAGUAGCCAGCUACUGAAUGGUGGCAGUAGCCAGCUACAGAAUGGUGGCAGUAGCCAGCUACAGAAUGGUGGCAGUAGCCAGCUACUGAAUGGUAGCAGUAGCCAGCUACUGAAUGGUGGCAGUAGCCAGCUACAGAAUGGUGGCAGUAGCCAGCUACAGAAUGGUGGCAGUAGCCAGCUACAGAAUGGUGGCAGUAGCCAGCUACAGAAUGGUGGCAGUAGCCAGCUACAGAAUGGUGGCAGUAACCAACUGCAGCAACUCUUCAGGACGUGUGAUAAGGAGGGCAAGGGCUACAUCGUUGAACAGGAGCUGCGAGAGCUGUGUACUGGGCUGGGAAUCGCUGCCGAGGAUUCGGACGUAAUCUUCAGCGACCUGGAUCAGGACAAGGAUGGGAAGAUCAGCUACAGCGAGUUCUCUAGAGGCUUCAUAGAGUUCCUCAGCCCUGGUACCGAGGCCCAAACAAACCGAAGGUUUUCAAUAUGUGGAGGAUCGACGGUUGAGGACGAGAAUGAGGAGGAUGCUGUGGGUAUGAGGGAAGCCAAGAUGAGGAGGAGGGAGAGUGUACAUCAGGCCUGGAGCUGCCUCACUUCCAGCUUGGCUCAGCUCACCAAUACCACAGUAGCUGCUGAGAGUGGCGCCCAGAUUCGGGAGCUGCUGCAGGACUUGGAGGGCUGCCCUGCGCCCCUGGACGUUGCCAGCCGCGUCAGCACCGUCCUCUCAACUCUCCUGACGGAGAUCCGGCAGCUGCAGGAACACCACCACAGCCUGGAGAAACUAUACAAAAAGGAGCGAGAGCAUCACGCCACCACCCUCAGGAGCCUGGAGAGCGAGAUGGAGGACCAGGUGGCGAAGGUAGAGGAGAAGGCGAAGCAGCAGGCGAGGCAGGAGAGCGAGGAGGAGAAGCGACAACUACAGGACCAGAUGGAACAAGAAAUGGCUGAACUUCAGACCCACCUCAAGAUCUUUCAGAAGGUAGACUCGUGGCUGAAGAGGGAGGACGGAGAGGGUCCGGAGAAGGUUCAGGAGGUGAGGAGGAAGCUGGAGGAGGCCUACCAUGCUAAUCGCACCCUUAAUAUGACCUUACAUGAGACCACAACCAACCUAGGCCUAAUGCGCUCCGACAUGGCGCAGAUGAGACUGCAGUAUGAGGAGAAGUGCCGGGAACUACACAAUGAACGGGAGACUGUCCUAGAGUAUAUGCAUCAAUACGACCACAUGAAAAGGCAACUGGAGCUUCUACACGAAGCCAACAGGCGGCUCCAGGACACGAACGACAGUAUGAGAUCAGCCAUGGAACACGAGUGGAGGAAGUCGCCCCUCGGCUCCAGAUGCUCCAGCACCCGUUCCUCCCUACACAAGUCCAAGGAACACCGGAGGAACCACAGUCGUUCUCGGUCACCACUCCCGACCGUUCUCUCUUCCAUCGAGUGUGACGGGGGACUCAAGUAUGGCAUCCGACGACUCAUGGACGACCUUGACUCAGGCAAUUCAACAUUGCCAGACACUGCCGAGGAGAGUUACAACACACAAGAUGAGCUGAAGUUGUCUGAGAACGAGGGGCCAAUGUCGCUGGAGGAGGAGCUGCUGAGCCUUGAGUCCCGCCACUCACCGCCGGCGACGCUAAGGGAGGAAGGGACAGGAGUGAGGCCCUCCGGGGUGUCCACGCCCACCCGCAGCACGCCCACAGCCACGCCCACACCCCCGCCCAUCCUGGAGAUCAGCACGCCCCCACUCAAGCCCCGAAGGCUGACCCAACUUGCAGCUUACAGCGAGAGAAACGGCGGAAGCCCUCAACACCAAGCCCACAAUGGAACCCUGUCCGGUAUCUUUGAACCUCUGGGUCCCCCGGAGAGAACCUACAAAGUGGUGUUUGCAGGCGACGCUGCUGUGGGCAAGUCUACCUUUAUCGUCCGGCUCUGCAAGGGCUGCUUCGUUACCAAUAUUGCCUCCACGCUCGGGGUCGACUAUAAAGUGAAAACUCUUAAUGUUGACGAGAAGAAUAUCGCCAUACAGCUCUGGGACACUGCUGGCCAGGAGCGGUUUCGGUCCAUCACGAGGACCUACUUCAGACGAGCUGACGGAGUCCUGUUGCUUUACGACGUGACCAGCGAGCGUUCCUUCCUCAACGUCAGGCAGUGGAUCCAGAGUAUUGAUGAAGCGUGUGACUCAAGAGUGCCUUUAGUGCUAUGCGGUAACAAGGCUGACCUCCGGGCCAGUGCCUCUACGGAAGGACGAACCACCAUCAGUACCGCUGACGGAGAACGCCUCGCUAGAGACUGCGGCGCCGCCUUCGUCGAAACCUCGAGCAAGACUGGCGCUGGGGUCAUGGAAGCCCUUGUGCAACUGGCUAGACAUAUGGUGACCACAGAAGACGUCGAGGUCCAGUCCUCAGCGCUCAGGGUCUGCGCGGCCAAGGAGAAGGAGAAGAAAUCGUGUUGUGGAAGCAAGAAGUGAAGGGGGAAGCCGCUGUGAGAGGUGA